CCCCUCUAUAAAUUGCUUCAUCUGAUCCUCCUGUUGCCACUUUGUGAUCUUCCUGUGAGGAUUUGUGGACGCACAGACGAGCAACAUGAGGAGCCCCGGCUGGAAUAUCCUGUUUUUACCGUUUGCGUUACUCGCUUCAGCUCAGGUGCCAAAGAAAUGUUCCGCACCGCCGGAGUACCCGCACACCAGACUGGACGCCAGAUUCGCCGGCAAACAGAGGUUCGGCAGCGGGGAGAAAGUUUAUUAUAACUGCGCAGAAGACUUCACUCCAUCCAAAGGCAUCCGGGUCGUGCAGUGUGUGGACGGGACGUGGGGGAAACUGACUCUGAAAUGCGAAAAGAAAUCAUGUGGCAAUGCCGGGGAUCUUCCGAACGGAGAGUUCCAGUACGAAGGGAACUCCUUCAUCGGGGAGAAAGUUUAUGCUGUAUGCAAUGAGGGGUACACUCUGAAAGGACUCAACUAUUUGAUCUGCAAGAAGUCUGGCUGGACCGGUGAAUUUCCGUCAUGUGAAGAGGGAGAGGUCACCUGCUCCACCCCUGCAGUGGCCAACUCUGCGAGCAGCGGUGGAGAUGUUCCUGUGAGGCGGGUGGGAGACACUGUGAACUUCACCUGCAGCGAGGGCUUCCAGCUGGAUGGAGCUCAGCAGAUCACCUGUGGUCCUGGCGGCCAGUGGCAGCCCGAGCCCCCUCAGUGCCGGCCGUCACCUGAAGCAGGUGGAUGCGGCGUGCCGGCCGCUGUCGGCAACUCCAACGCCAACCUCGCUGACAGGUACUUCACGGUGACAUCUUUUGCUUCUGGCGAAAGAGUCCAUUACGUGUGUGACGUUGGAUACGUUCAAGCAGGCGGCAGCAAGUAUCGCAGGUGUAUUAAGGGAAAGUGGACGCCGCUGCUGCUAAGAUGUGAACGAAAGCCAUGUGGCUCUGCAGGAGAGAUCGCAAAUGGACAGUUCAGAUAUACUGGAGUGGAGUUUGGAGACACAGCUACAGCUGUCUGUGAUGAAGGGUACCGUCUUGUGGGACAGGAGACCAGACACUGCUUGAGUAAAGGCUGGGACGGACGUGUUCCCGCCUGUGAAGCUGUGGAUUGUGGAGAGCCAGAAGUGACCAACGCAGAGAUGGAAGGCCGCCAGGAGACUUACACAUACAGGGGCGUUAUUCGCUAUCAGUGUCGCGUGGGGACCCUUAAUGGACCAAAGGAGAUCUGGUGUACCAAGGACGGGAUGUGGAGCGCUCCUCCUCCAACAUGCGAAGAAAUAACAUGCCCGUCUCCAAAAGUGCACGCCGCCUUCUGGGCAGGAGCUCAGAAAGACGCGUAUCAAUACAGGGACACGAUCUCCAUCGAGUGUUACCCGGGUUACACAGUGUCCGGGCCGAGCAUCAUUACCUGUGGCAGCGAUGGCCGAUGGUCCCCCCGCCUCCCCAGAUGUACACGCAUGAUCGCACGUCGCAGCCACUGGAGGCACUAAUACGCUAACCGAACUACAAUAUUCAAGUCAACCGGGUUAAACAGUUCACCAGCAGUCAGUGGAGGAGGGAAAUGUCCCAAAACUACACACCGUAUUCCUUCUAAAAGAAAUAAUCCUUUUAAAUCCACCUUUAAUAAUGCACUAAUAGUGAUUAUAUUUUCUUAUUUGCUCAUAAAACUUGUAUGAACUCAUUAUACAGACAUUAAAGUGUGUUUGAAAUGAA